AUGCCCAUCUCCAUUCCCCAGAGCAACAGCCUCGCCGACCUCUUCAGCCUGAAGGGCAAGGUUGUCGUUGUCACUGGCGCUUCUAAUCCUAAUGGGAUCGGCUUUGAAGCUGCCCGAGGAUGCGCCGAGAUGGGCGCCGAUGUGGCCAUCACCUACUUCGGCCGCGAGGACAGCGCCAACCAGAAUGCUGAGAUCCUCACCAAAGAAUAUGGCGUCAAGGCACAGGCCUACCGCCUCGAUAUCCGCGACUUUGCCACCACCAAGGCUGUCAUCGACUCGGUCAUCGGUGACUUUGGCAAGAUCGACGGUUUCAUUGCCAACGCCGGUCAGGCAGCCGAUGCCGGUGUGCUGCAGGGCAGCGUGGACGACUGGAUGCAGGUGAUCCAGGUCGACCUGAACGGGACAUUCCACUGCGCAAAGGCAGUCGGCGAGCAUUUCAAGCAGCGUGGCACAGGAUCCUUUGUGGUGACGUCCUCCAUGUCUGGUCACAUUGCCAACUUCCCUCAGGAACAAACAUCUUACAAUGUGGCCAAGGCUGGAUGUGUGCAUCUGGCCAAGUCGCUGGCCAACGAAUGGAGAGAGUUUGCCAGAGUCAACUCCGUGUCGCCUGGAUACAUUGACACUGGACUGUCAGACUAUAUUCCCCAGGACACCAAGGAUCUGUGGAGGUCGCUGAUUCCCAUUGGGAGAAAUGGCGUGUCCAAGGAGUUGAAGGGUCUUUAUGUCUACUUGCUGAGUGACGCAAGCACUUAUACUACCGGUGCGGAUAUCCUGGUCGAUGGAGGUUACACUGCGCGGUAA